ACAAUUUAAAAUAACUUUAAUUCUUUUAAAUGAUUCCUGUGAUAUCAAAGCUAAUAUUUAGCAGCCAUUUCUUAGUAAUGUCACAUGAUCCUUCAGAAAUUAUUCUAAUAUGCUGCUUUGAUAGUAAGAAAUGUUUUUAAAGGUGCAGUAAGCGAUUACCCGUAAACGCUGUUAACAUUUUGAAAUCUCCAAAAAAAAAAAAACAUGCACCUAUACCCAAAUGGAUCACACCCCUAUCUUGAUGCCUCUGCCCCCACAUUCACGUACACACUAAGCACGGGCAACGGCUAUGGUGGAAUUUGCUGUGCCUGCUGCUCAAGGGUAUGAUGUCAUCAAUGAACGAAAGCAAUUUGUGUUACGAUAAUUCAGGUUGAAGGUCUAAUUGUUAUUUAGCUUGAUUGUAAUCAUUCUUUUAAAGAUAUAUUGACAUUUUCCUCUUUUGUAUUUUCUCUGCCAUCUCUCUCUUUCUGUAGUCGUUCUGCUAAUGUCCGUCUCGUGCAUUGAGCUCUCUCUCCCUCUCUCAUCAUGAGUGGACACGCCCCUUACUGCUGAUUGGUUACAAGCAUGUUUUAGUGCGAUAAACUUUUCAAUAGCGUUUUUCAAAAAUCGCUAUCGCUUUUGUGCUGCAUAAUGUUUGAGUGGAAAUAGUGAUACAUUUUUUGAAUGUAUUGAACAGAGCAUUUAUUUGAAUGUAACAUUAUAUGUAAUAUUCAAAAUGUCUUUACUCUCACUUUUAAACAACUUAAUGAAUCCUUGCAGAAUACAAGUAUUUAACAGUAUUUCUAUCAACAACAAAAAAGGAGAAAAAAUUUACUGACCACAUACAUGCAAAUAAUUUUUUGUCACUUUUGCAUAUUGUCACUUUGCCAAAUUGUUUUAAUUGUUUUUCUAAUGGCUAAAAUUAGUAAUGACUAAAAUGUUUGACUGUGACAUGACAAAAUGUUAGAAUUUUUUCAAAACACAAUAGCUGUGUGAAAAUGUACACAGGCUAUUUAUGCAUGACAAUGUAUGUAUUCAGUGGAUAAUGGGCCUCAUUUCCUGUUGCCCAUGCCAGGAGAAGUGCAAUAGAGAUGUUUAAAGCAUAUCUGCUUUGCUUGCAUUCCAUCAUGUGCUGCUGCUAAAAUAAUAAGUGCACAGGUUACUUCAGGACAACUCCAUCUGAGCCACAAUCGCAUUGCUGUGAUUGGCUCUUUCCUGAGCUUCCCCUUUGCUAAGAGUCGGAACAACUCCGAAAGCCACACUGACCGUAUUUGCAACACUAGUGACAGAUGUUCCUACGAGCCGCACACAUCAAAACGCCAUCAAUAACAGGAUGUUAAUGCUAGACGGAAUGCCUGCAGUCCGAGUCAAAGCAGAACCUCUGGAAUCUGAAAGAGGGUCACCCAAAGUGCACGGCUAUCCUGAUAUGGAGUCGGUGCCAAUCCUACUCAGCAAAGUGAAGGCAGAACCUCCAGAAGACCUGCUCUCAUCCGAGCAGUUCCAGACCCAGACGGAGCCCGUGGACCUGUCAAUCAACAAAACACGGACAUCGUCUCCUUCAUCCAACACCUCACCCAUUACCUCAGCCUUCUCUCCAUCUUCUUCUUCAUCAUCGUCGUCCUCACCUUCCGUCAUCGCCUCCAUCUCCGCGGGAAUGCCCUCCGUUUUGACACCCGGGCCGUUGGUGGGCUCUUCUCAUGGAGUUAGAGGCCAGCAGUUUUUGCACAUCAUCCACCCUGUUCCCCCUUCGAGUCCCAGUAAACUGCCCAGUCAGGUGCACCGUAUCCCUGUUGUGGUGCAGUCACUGCCCCUCAUGUACACCACAUCCGUACGCUCUCCUUCCACCCUCAACUCCACCAUCAUGUUACCUCUACUGGACGAGGCCAAGUGCCUGGGCAAAGCACAAACAGAUCCCAAUGGCCUGUCGCCAAGACAAAUCAAAAGUGACAGUGAUGAUGACGACCUGCCAAACGUGACCUUGGACAGUGUUAAUGAAACAGGAUCCACAGCGCUGUCUAUAGCACGAGCAGUGCAGGAUUCCAUGUCACCAUUCAGUAUUGAGAGCAUUCGACGGCCUCAGCCACCUGAAUCUCCAGACUCCAAGAAAAGACGCAUCCACAGGUGUGAUUUUGCGGGUUGUAAUAAGGUUUAUACUAAGAGCUCCCAUUUAAAGGCACACCGGAGGACACACACAGGUGAGAAGCCAUACAAGUGCACCUGGGACGGCUGCACAUGGAAGUUCGCCCGCUCGGACGAGUUGACACGGCAUUAUCGUAAACACACAGGGGUCAAACCCUUUAAGUGUGGGGACUGCGACCGAAGCUUUUCCCGCUCAGACCAUCUGGCCCUGCAUCGUCGCAGACACAUGCUGGUCUGAAUUCACACACACAAGGGAGAGCUGGAUCUCCCCCAAUAGUGUUCAGCUGGGCUGGAUACAAAAAUGGCCAUCCCUGCCCCUGAGAAAGAGAGAGAGAGAGAGAGGAUAAAAGAACAAGUGAAGGAGGAGUACAAUGCUUUCCUCACAUUUGCAGAGCUAAACAGGGUCCAUUCAGGGAGGGACGAGGCUCCUCUACAGGCCUGAAACAUUUGGAGUCCAGGAUGUUGAUUGUCUCAUGUGUGUUCAAAGGAAUAUUUCACUCGGGCAAACGGUUCGUUUUCUGAUUUUUCCAUUCUGAAUCAUCCUUGUGUUCUGUUUAAAUAUGGCUGCUUCUCAGUCGACAUCUACAAUGUGAAGAAACGCAGAGUGGAAGGGCUUUACGUGUUGUUCUGGAAGAUGCAAAGGGGAGCUUGACCGGGAAUUGUAUGCUUGCACAAUUUUUUUUACAUUUACAUUAUUGCGGAACAUCAAGAGCCAGACACAUCUGUGAAGGAUCAUGCAGUUCUUCUGAUGACGGAGACUUUGGGCCAGUGAUUCUGGAGGUUACAGAGGUUGCCAUUUACAGGUUAACUUACCAGCGAAGGAGAUUACGCAACAAAAACAACAUAUUUUGGGUCAUUAUAUCUUCUGUUCCCCACAACCUUUGUUUUUAAACUGAAAUUGAUAAACAGACAAAACAUACUUGGGCUUCUGCAGUCUACCAUCCACAUUUGUCUUAAUUGCAUAACACUAACUCACUAAUUAGAGUAAAUCUGGAUAAUGAGGGUCUACUAAGACAGGUAACUCGAGGUAGAAGAGCAAUAUAUUCAUUCUGAUCACCAGAUAGGUGAGUUGGUCUGCUCUUAUACUUAUACAGUGCGUAUCUAUCUAUCUAUCUAUCUAUCUAUCUAUCUAUCUAUCUAUCUAUCUAUCUAUCUAUCUAUCUAUCUAUCUAUCU